AUGAAUAAUAGUAGUAUGAUAAUAAGAAAUUGUUUGGACAAGAACUUAACUCCCAUAAAAAUAGAAUAUAUUAAUCCAUCUGAUGGUAGAGUUGUUUCUCAAUCUUAUCGAUCUCAUUCAGGACAGCCCCCAUCUAAAAUAAGUUGUAAUAUAGUCACCAGUUUCCCGAAAAUUGAAAUAAAAGGAGAAGAAAGUAUCAAAAGUGAUGUAAAGGAAGAGGUUUAUCUAGUAAAUGGCUAUUGGGAUACAACUAGUAAAGUACCUAAUAUUAUAGCUGACAUGCAUGUAAAUACCAAAGAUAAUGGUUUGAGCUGUGUUACCUUGAAAAGCGGAGAUUUUGAUUCACCACGUGACGUUACCAGUCCUAGUUCUCGUGGUUCCGAUAGCGGUAUAGAAUCAGAUUGCACAGAAGGAAAUCUUUCUUGGUUGUUGAAUUAUAAAAUUCAGGAAUUACCUCCUGUUCCAGAUGCAUCCGUGGCUGAAAGUAUUAAUCGGAACGUACAGAUAGUACAGGAAAGCUCGUCUGUAAUACCACAAUUAGUACAGGUGCCAACUGUAAUAAAAGCUGGUGAUGGUAAAAGUCAAGGACACUACUAUAGAUAUUCUGGUCUUAAAAAACCGCCUUUCACGUACACCGAACUGAUAGAAUACGCUCUUAGCGAAAAAGGAGAAUUGACUGUAUCUGGAAUUUAUCAGUGGAUUUCGGAUCACUUUCCAUUUUACAAACAAAAUGACGACCGAUGGAAGAAUUCCGUUAGGCAUAAUUUAUCUAUAAACCCACAUUUUAGAAAGGGAGGAAAAGCAGUUCAAGGUGCUGGACAUCUUUGGACUAUAGCCCAACGAGAUCCUAAGAAAUGUUCUCAAAUCAAACAAAGGAUAAGUCAGUUCUUCCAAAAUGUGUACACAGAAUCAAGUUGCACGCAACAGGAUAUUGCUGAAAGUGAACUACAAGCAGCCACAGAAAGUAUCUUGGGAGAUAUGAAUAACACUUACACUGUUGACACAAGAAGUGACAAUAUAGAAGUAGAAUAUAUACAUAUCGGUGAUACAACUACUGGGUUAGAAGAUUUUCUUGCACCUCCAGUUUCCAAACAAGACAUUGUCAACGAAUGCGGUCUAGGAAACGAUAUUUUCAUAACAGAUAUAAAUCCAAACGUAUUGGGAUUGAAUAUAGCUGAAGUAGAAGGCAUGACUGAUAACUAUGAAGACGUUUUCGAAUAUUAUACAACGAAAUAAUAAAUGAAGAUUACAGUGAGAAGAAUAAAAUUGUUUUUGUAAGUCUCGUAUACGUGUGUUUGUAAUGAAUGGUUCAGUUUUUCGUACCAUCGGUUUGUUUUUUAAUUAAGUUCUUACUAGUUUUAUUAUUGUAUUAACAAAUUAAACAAAAAAACUACAGAAUACCAUUUGAAACCAUAAUUUAAUAACUAUUGCAAAUAGUUAGUUAAUUUUUUUAAUAAAAUACAUUUUGGAAAAAUAUUAUUAUGAAAUCAAUGAAUUUUUUAAUAGGUAUAGUAGGUUAUAGUCUAUUUUUAUGAAUGAGACAGAAUUAAAAUAAGUCGGGGAAUUUCCGUAUGAAAUAACAUUUGUAACAAUAUAAUGGAUAUAUUUGGUGUAAACUAAAUAUUCUCACCUAGUUAACUUGCUUAUAACAUCCAAACAGGUAAAGGUAAAAAAGUGCAAUUUUUUCUAAAAUGUUCCGUUUUAUUGGUAUAGGGGCUUAAACUUUGAUGUUUAAACAACUUUACGUUCAUAAAGAAUAAUUCUAAUAUAAACCAGUAAAAGUAUAGCUACUUCUAACAAAUCCAAAUCAGAAUCGGACUCAGAAGAUGAACUGUUGCAACCUUACAUUUUCUCUUCUUUAAUCGUAUGCUUUUAUCUGCUUUUUCCCAGUUUUCACGCUUCACAUUAUUUACAGGUUGAAAAAAAAUGUUCAACAUCACUUAUUUUAAAAUUAUUAUUUUUUCUUGGAACUACCAGUUCAAUCGGGUUUAGUUAGUUAUAAAGGGAACAAAAGAAUAAAGUUCUUUUCUCACAGAACCGGGAUGGAAUUUAUAUUCUUUGAUUUAACCAAUUCUGUAAAUCUUUUCUCACCCACUUGGUUGUUUUUCUAGUUUCGAGUGAUAACUUGCAUUAUCCGUUACCAUUAUACUUAUAAGAAUAAUUCUAAUAUAAAAACUUAUUAGUAUAAGUAUAGCUACUUCUUACAAAUCCAAAUCAGAAUCGGAAUCAGAAGAUGAACUGUUGAAUAUUAUUCGAACCAUUCUUUAAAUACCAUAAUAUUGAGAGAAUACUCGUGGUUAGUUCUUUACGAAUGCACAAAAUUGACAGAAUUUUAAGUUUCUAGCUUCACUGAAAUUUUAGAAAAAUAAAAAAAUAAAAACUUUUAGUCGCCACCUUUUAAGGGUGAUCUCGGAAAGUUGUGGGAUCAGGAAAUUUUGUUAAAGGAAAUACCCGUCUUAAUUUCAUUUGAGUAUUCACCUCCUGGAUUUUGUCGCAUGAAUUUAGAAACACACUAUAUAUCACUAAUAAAUUGAUAUUAUAUUCUAUGUGGGUAUGAUUACAAAGUAAAAGUACAAAGUGUUUUUUGGAACAAAACUUGGGUUGGUGUCCCUUUGGUGUUUCAAAAUUAUGGUAACCAGGGCCGGAUUAAGAUUUAUAAGGCCCGGGGCUAAAAUAAUGACGGGGCCCCCUUAAGGAAUUCGAAAACCCGGAAAAAUUCACAAAAUAAUAUCAAUACGUUAGAUUUGUGGUAUCAACACAUCAAAAAAUACAGAAUGAUUUCCAAAUGAUGGAGCCCUCUUGGACCUGGGGCCCGGGGCUAUAGCCCCCCCCCAAGCCCCUAGCUUAAUCGGGCCCUGAUGGUAACCUCAAUAAUAUACAACUUGGACCUUCUUACUAAAUGGCAAAACAUACAAUCUUAUUUUUGGCGAAAUUUGUUGGAAGAAAUUUUUGGAAAAAAAAUAUUCUAGCCUAUAUUGGCAAAAAGGUACUAAUCUUAUGAUAUUGCUCUGAAAUCUUUAAUACACAGGGCUUUUGACAUCUCCAAACCUUUUUACAUUGUUCUGUUCCACUUAUGGUUAUAAAAGAACAAUAAACGAUAGAAAACUUGUAUUGGCCCAAGCACAUUUAUGAAUAUUUUAGGAAAUAUUAAAAUUAUUCUGUAAUAAUAUUUAAAAUGGCCGUAUUAAGUUUUACAUUAGAAAUUAUGUUUUAUUACCCUCUCGUACAUAAAAAUAGACAAUAAUAUAUUUCUAAAAUGGAGAUUAACGCAUGUUAUUUAACAAAAAUUGUUUUAGUCAAGUAGAACAACAAAAUGUACAUAUAUAGAAUUCGAUUUUUUUUUGCAUCUACUUCAUGUUUUAAUAUCUCAAAUAUGGUAAUAUUUUUAUACAUAUUCAACUGCAAGUGUCUAGUGUUCACUUUUUUAAAAUGUAAUAAGUGCUUUCAAUAAAUAUUAAAUAUCUA